AGAUUUACAAAUUUGUGGAGAGAAAUCCUAAGAGAAUUGGGCCGAAAGAGAUUUGCCAAUUUCAAGAAGGUUUGAGGCUGGAUUCUCAAGCAGACACCACACUACGGCUCGUUUCAGCUGGCACCUCCACUGCACAUGGAUUCAACUUGAAACAAACAAAGAGGAAAUGGGAGGCCAUUAAUGGAAGUCGGGAUCCUGGGCAUUGUCCCCUCGCCUUAGCUUUACCUUGUUCAACAAGCUCCUCGGAAAGCAGUAAAAGGAGCUCAGGAACUAUUUGCACAUCCUCAUCAGCUCAUGUGGCUGAUGAAGAAUGUUCCAUGGAUCUCGAUCUAAAUUUCGAACUGAAACUAAAUUCUGAAAAUAAAAAUUUACCCAAGGUCCCUUGUGUCACCACUUCAAAUCCAGUAUCCACAAAUCUUGUUAUCGAUCUUCAGUUGAGUUUAUCUGUUGGAGCAUCUGCGUCAUCUAUCACAAGCGAGCAUGAAGCCCCUGCAAAACAUCUAAUUAGCCUAGAGGCUUCAACUGUCAAUUUUCCUGAGCCAGCUAUUGAUGAUGGAGCCAUUUCUUCGUGCUGGAAAAAUGACAGCCGUCGAAUUCCAUACAGUUACAACGCGGUAUCAACAAUGCCCAUCAGAGUUCCAAAUUCAAACCUGUUAUUGAUUUUCCCUGAGGCACCAAAAACCCCAGUUGAGUGUGCUUCAGCGAACAUCGAAAAGAAAAAUCGAAGCAGCAGCAGCACAAAAAAUUGUCAUUUUCCUGGUUGUCUGAAAGGAGCCAGGGGUGCUUCUGGACUCUGCAUUGGCCAUGGCGGAGGUCGAAGAUGCCAGAAAGCUGGUUGUCACAAAGGAGCUGAAGGACGGACCAUAUAUUGUAAGGCUCAUGGAGGCGGCCGUCGCUGCGAGUUUCUCGGCUGCACGAAAAGUGCUGAAGGUCGCACCGAUCUUUGCAUCGCACAUGGCGGUGGUCGCCGAUGCUGCAAUAAUGGUUGCAUGCGUGCUGCAAGAGGAAAAUCUGGAUUAUGCAUCAGGCAUGGUGGCGGCAAGAGAUGCCAGAAGGAAAACUGCACGAAGAGUGCGGAAGGCCAAUCAGGCUUAUGCAUCGCCCACGGUGGAGGCAAACGUUGCCAGUUCCUAGAAUGCACAAAAGGCGCGCAGGGGAGCACGAUGUACUGCAAAGCUCAUGGUGGGGGAAAGCGGUGUUCUUUUCCCAACUGCAGCAAAGGUGCAGAGGGAAGCACUCCCUUCUGUAAAGGGCAUGGUGGAGGUAAGCGAUGCUUGUUUCACGGUGGCGGUGUGUGCACUAAGAGCGUUCAUGGCGGAACGCAUUUCUGCGUAGCUCAUGGUGGCGGUAAGAGGUGCGCUGCGCCGGAGUGUACGAAGAGCGCAAGAGGUCGAACGGAUUACUGUGUUCGUCACGGUGGGGGGAGGCGAUGCCAGUCUGAGGGAUGCGGGAAGAGUGCACAGGGAAGCACAAAUUUCUGCAAGGCACAUGGAGGUGGGAAAAGGUGUUUGUGGGGCGAAGCUGGGUCGGAUAUGGGUGGUGGAGGGUCUCGGUGUGAUAGAUUUGCUAGGGGAAAGCUUGGCCUUUGUGCUUCUCACCUGGCCUUAGUGCAGGACCACCAGGUUCAUGGUGGAGAGACCAUUGCAAUUCUCAGUGCUGAUAAAGCAUUAGCUACCAAAGCUGAUAAGAUGAAGGGAAUUGCUGUUGAAGAGGGAAGCAGUGUUCUGAGCUGGAGUAAACUGGAUCCCGUAACUUCUCUAAAGGCUGGAGCAGCUUCUCUUCCAGAAGGUAGGGUUCAUGGAGGGAGUCUUAUGGCUUUGCUUGCAGGUGGUUCUAUAGCCGAUCAUUUCGCAAGCCAUGGCGCGGGUGCAGCACUUCAAGAUUGAAUGAAGUUUCAUUGUACACCAUGAAUCAUGGAAAUUUGUAAAAGAAAACCAAUUAUUUUUCUUGUUUGGAUGGGGUCUUCUGUGAUUAGUUUGCUUAGUUUUGUAGUUUUCUUUUCCCCCCUAAUUUCAGCUAGUUUUUCUUAAUUGGAUGCGUGUAGCAGGUGAGGAAACCAUGUUUUUUCAUCUGUUAUUGUGUUUGAUGUUCUGUUGACCCUACCCCUUUUGUUAAAAGAAUAAGGAGGGUAGGACUAUGGUCUAUGGGUUCUUUUAGCUUUUCUGUAGAUUUAAAUGUAUAGUAGGGAACUUUGUCA